AUGUUUGGGGAGAGCGUGACAGCUGGCCCGGUGCCGAGCACUGUGCUCGCACGGGACGCAUUGGUGGUCGAUGGCGUGUCGACGGCUUCGCCGGCUCCGUCCGCCGUCCCGGCCCUUCUCACUUCGCUGCUGGACGCCGUUGUCCGGAGCUACCUUGCCCUGCUCCACACGCUCACCCACUCUCCAGAUGCCGCCGAUGGCGCCAUUGUCUCGCUCCGAUCGAUGCUGUACAACAUGACUGUCCUCACCUCCUCCCUCCGAGCCAACGAAGCGCGUCUUGGCAUCAAGAAAGCUCUCGAGGCCGACGUCGCUCGCAAGCGUGCCCUCCUCGCCGACUUUGCCUCCCUUCGUCCGCACAUCCAGAACCUGCUUGCCACCGCCCGCUCCGCCAUGGUUGCCAAGGCCACUUCCCUUGCCAACCAAGUCGACGAACUCGUGGCUGCUGCGCCCAGUCUUGCUGACGUUGCCGAGACCGGCGCCCCGCUGCCGUCGCCCACCGGCGUGCUUACCGGGUAUGCUCCGCCUUCCAACGUCACCCUUGUCGGCAUUUACCCGCUCACCGGCUCGCUUGCCGGCCCUGGAGCGCACGUCCACACCGGCGUCUUACUCGCCAUCGAGGAUAUCAACCGCAACCCGAACCUUCUCCCCAAGGUAUGUCCCGCACCUUGCUAA